ACGCUGGAUAUAAGGGCUGGACAGGACAGGCGUCUGCAGAGGAGCAACAUGAGACCGUCACUCCAACUUGGUGUUCUGCUCUGCGUGUUGUGCGCCGCACACCUUCAGGCUCAGGAGAAAAGAAACUCGCUGAGGCUCUGCGGCCGGGCCCUGGUGCGAGCUUUGGUGUUCACCUGCGGAGGAUCCAGAUGGAGAAGACAGCUGGAGGAGACGGGCUCUCUGCCAGACGAUUUCUGGGCCGCAGACGGAGAAGAGCCAGACUUCCUGGAGGCAAGAGACGUCGCGGUGAGGGAUCUUCAUCGGAGGGACCAGGACCAGGCCUUGAUAACAACGUGCUGUCAACAAGGCUGCCAAAGAAGUGAGCUGUCCAUGCUCUGCUAGAGGGGGGGCAUUAUUUAC